AUGUGGUCUAAAGUCGCCCUUGCGGCAUUUGCCCUGGUUGGCUCGCUGGACCUGACAGCAGCCAAAUGUAACAAAGCGACUACCGGUUUGCCGGCAUCGGUCACCACACCAGGAGGAUAUACCGGUACAUCAACGGCAGGUCCCUCGACCAUAACCAGCGGUACACUACAACCGCGAGGUGUACAAAAUCUGAUCCGAAACGGCAAUUUUGUUGGAUACGACCCCAGUGCCCCCGGGGGCCUGUACGGAUACGAAGUUGAUGGAGACGGAGAAGCCCGCCAGGUUUCUGGCUUGGGAUAUACUGGCGAUGGAAGCGAGGAGAGUGCUUGCGCUUACUUGACCGUUGGCCAGCCCAAGGACAGCACGACAAACGGCAUUGGCCAGCGCGAUGUCAUCCCAGAUCAGAGCGUCAGCAUCAAACAAGAACUCCAGAGCACCGAUCGCGAGAGUGUCUACACCAUGCGCGUUUGGUACUAUGUCGACAUGAACGAGAAGGCCAACACCUGCAAGUUGAUUGCCACCUACGAUACCGGGGUCUUGGUAGAAUCCGACUAUUUCCCCGUUGUUGCCGCCAACUCUGGAACCUUCAGCUGGACUGCGUUGGUCCAGGAAAGCCCUCUAAUCUCUGAGAGUGGCUAUCUCAAGUUUGAGGUCAGAUGUUCCGAUGGUGGCUCGGCUGCAGUUCGCUUCGACCAGGUGUUCUUCACCAACGAAGUCAGUCUUAGCGAUUUGGACGACAUCACCGUCAUUUACUCUGCUUUCGCCGAUGCGUCGACAGCUCCGCCUAGCCUGAGCUCUACCGCUCCUAUCGUGGCCUCUACUACAGACAGUGUUGCCUUGUCUUCGGCAGCACAGAGCCCAGCCGCAUCCAGCCCAGGCACAAGCCCAACUAUAAGUGACAACGUCACAGCGAGUAGCUCCUUGACCGGAGUUGCGUCUACAACGACUGGGGUCGGCUCGAGUAGCGCUUCCACGACUUCAUCCAGCGCUGCUGCAUCCUCUACCAGCUUUGGUGACAACAUUUGCGCUACGUUGGGAAGCGCCUCAAUCGCCGGCAGAGGCUGUGCCAGACGGCCAUACUCUGGAUCAUCUGGCUACAAGCAGUAUACCAGCGAUGGCACAAAAGAGCAGUGUGCCGCCCUGUGUCUCAAGGAUCCUCGUUGCCUAUCAUUCCAGUGGAACACUAAAAGCAUCGGUUGUGUUAACGGCUGCUACCUCCUGGAGACUUCUCUUGCUGAUAACUCGGCGAACAACGGCGGAAGUGACUCCAACUGGGCGUACGAUCGAUCUUGCAUUGCUCAGACGCAGUGCUCGACCACAGUGCCAGACAACACCGUCUGUGUCAAUGUCGAGGGAAGCACUCCGGGUGCGGGUUGCACGAGUAACCUCAAUGGGCAACCGAGAGCUUGCGCAUCGCCCUUUAUCACGACCAGCGUGAGCCCCAUCUGCGGUUCCAGCGCCUGUCGCGACGUUUGCCACCAGUAUCCUUCUUGCAAAGCGUUCUCGUACUCGGUCACCGGCGGUCAAAACUGCAAGUUAUACUCCGACACUGUUUCGACUGUUGCAACGUCCGACGGUGCCAACUAUCUCACAUUCUUUACCGAUCGAAGCUGCAAUGCCUGCGGAAGUGGGAUGGCCCAGUUCAAGAUUCACGGCGCAACUGACAACAACGACUCCGACUCUCUCUGCGACUACUACCACCACUCCUUCAAGUACAUUCCCAAACACGACCUCGACUCCCACGCUCUCUACGCCCACAACUUUUGA